AUGACGGAGGCGCUCCGGGACGAACGACCUCACUGCUGGACGACACUGAUGACAGAAGUUGGACGUCGUUGGCCGGAUCCUGGCUUUGCCGACCGAGUGUCCCACGACUUCUACGGGUGCCAACAGUCUUCGUCUCGCGCCUACGACCAUGUGGGUGAAUGGCGUGCCCGCUACCGAGCGUUUAUGCACAACGACCCCAGCUUCAGCCUCUUGCCCCUUCAACUCGCCACAACCUUUUAUCAAUUGCUGAGUGAUGUGGCUAAGCGGGAGGUGCGGGCUGGUAUGCUACGGGAAUAUCGGGAUAACUCACUUGUGACUAUAGGGAGGUUUGGACAAACUGUCCCGUCCCUCGAGGAGGUUACCGACUGGGCCGCCAUCGCCGACGACACCGGCACGACAUCAGUUUCGACCCCGCCAAUUCGUACUGCUACUUAUGGAGCAAUUGCAAAAACGCCACACACCGCCCCAUCCAAGCCGAACGACAACGCGCAUACCCAGAUCCGUUGAGCUCGAUGGAUGGACCGCGCCGGUAAAUGGCAACAGGCCCACCUGUGGAAGGAUCGGAACACGUGGUUCUCGCCUGCAUCGGGUGGGGUACCCGCCAGCAUGGCGUGUUUUAAUUGCGGUCAAGGUGGCCAUUUCUCACAGCAUUGUACAGCGGAGUGACAAUCCCCCUCGACCGUCCAAAUAUCAGUGAUCGCCUUCGCCGACAUGGACGAGGACGAAUGGUCAUCGGCCUCAGGUGACGUUGAGGACCCCCAGGUGCGAUUCCCCCUUCCCCUCGAGACUGAUUUGACUCGACCGUCGAGUUCCGCAUCCGCCUUAGUGACGCACCACUCUUGCCCUCCUGCAGACCCUGUUGGCUGAGUGAAAGACAUCACCUCUUCUUCUUUUGAAGUUCAGACCUCAUCAAGUAGUUCGCAUCCAACCGUGCCGGCAAAUGAUGCAGAUCAACAUCGUCUCGACGAUAGCCUGGCUGACAUCGCGAUUGACACGGUGGAAGAUGUCUUGUACUACGCUGAUGCCGCGUCGCGCUUGUGUUGUUAUCCGGGGCCGGAAGUGGUGUCGUCUCGCAAGGCGGAAAGGACUGCUUCGGUGAGCUCUUUCCAGAUUCCUGUGCCGUCGGGUGUGUCUCUCUUGGCGUCCGCUGCGCCCCUGAUCGACAUUGACGAACCCGACCGACCUGUCGAGCCCGCCAUUGUACGUGCCCGCAACGUCAUCGCGUGGACGCUACCUUCUGGAAGGGUUUUGCGAUGUUUGAUCGACUCUGGAUCAGGAGGUGGUGCGAGUCAACCCGAGCUUCGCAACGGCCCGUUUGACUGCGCCGUUGCACUUGCGCCUCGGCACCCAGGAUAAGUCCGACCAAUGUGCUGUGUUCGCCACCGCUCCUUUUUCGUCUGGCGCCCUAGAUCUCGGUUUCCGACCAUUCUUUGUUUGCCGUGUAAUGGCGUACGACGCCAUCUUGGGGCUGCCGUUUCUUAAGGACACAGGCAUGCUCAUUCGUUGGGGCGCCUUCACCGUCGCGCGCACCGGCCCUUCACAACCCGUCACCCAGGAUACGCACGAAUGGGACCGAGCCGUCACCGUAGCACCUAUUUUAUCCGGUUCUGCCAUUGGCUGCGAUCACCCUGGGUUGCUCCCCGACGACGAGAUCAUUGGCCUCGAGUGA